AUGGCGGCCGCUGCAGCACCUACGCCUGCAUCAUCACCACUUUCUGGGUUCGCGAGAUGGGUGCCCAGUCUACCCAUCGUCAAUCUCAACAGCCUCAAUCCAUUCGCGACCAGCGAUAACACGAAGCCCUCAUCCGGCGAAGCAACUGGCCGCUCGUUUCUGUCGAUACUGAACAAUGGCACUACCAACGAUGCUUCUGCGUCUCGCGAGACGUCGCCGACCCGGAGCAAUAUCAUGUUUGAAGAACCUCACGGACGGAUCAAUAGUGAAGAUGGCGAUUCUCGGGAAGGCAGCUUGGCGGAUGAACGCACAAGCCGGAGAAGGACCAAUAAGCUCAAGACAACCUUCUCCGUAUGCCAUCCACCACCAACCAAUCUGACCCGACACAAGCUACAUCGUCGACCGCGAAGUCUGUUGCAGCUACAUCGGUUGUCGCCAGAUGCUCGGCCAACACCAGCGUUGGAAGUCAUCCCGAGCGCCAAUUUCAGCGUUCGACUGACCAAAGCCAUCACAAAAGUGUUCCGGGCCAAGCAUGGCCUAUGUCCGAACGACUUUGUGGUUUUGCGAGCUGAGAAGUAUGCGGGUAAUGAUGAUGUAGUCGACGAGGAGCAAGAGACUCGGGACAUCAUUGGAUUGAUCUGCAAUCGCAGGAAAGAGACAAAAGAGGAAGGCAUGGUCGAGAAAGCGAAAGUCAAAAUCUGUUUGGCCACAGGCAUGGAGUGGGAGGCGUAUCCUCUGAUCAAUGGUGGUUACGAAUUCUUCACGACCGAUGAGCAUGGUUUGGGACUCACAAUGCGAUGGGUGCCAAAGAAGAAUAAGGACGGCAGCAAAGCAUUGAGCAAGGAUGGUACGAGGAGAUUCAACUUCAGCACCAUAAGUCCGAACACCCGGAGACAUCCAGUGAUAGCGGUCCUGAGCAAGACUGGCGUGGACAUUUAUGAUACAUACAAGAUGCCAGACCCUAAUGCAUCUACACCUACACCCACGCCAACGAGAAAUUCGAGUUCUGUGCUCGCCGAUGCCAUGGAAGAAGAGGGCGCGGGCAACGACAUGUGUGAUACGGACGAUUCCCUUCGCGAGAUCAUUGCCAUGACCGCUAUAUGGGUGACAUUCAAGGAGGGAUGGUCUCCGACCUUCCGGUAUGACGACAAAGAGGCUGGUGUGGCUCCACAACGAGCUGCGUCAGGUAUGAGUGCGCCAUACUCUCCCACCAAAUCGAACGCGAGCCCAAUGGCAACACCUCCCGGCUCCCCAACCCAUGCUCAGCUCGAGAAACGAGGUAGUAUCAAAUCUGUUGGCUCAAACAUUUUCCGCCGAACCAGUAUGUUGAGCAGAGACAACCGGAUGAGUCAGACCUCAUUACCGGAAGAAUAUCUCGAAAGCACAGGUCUUGAGCGAGCAGGAAGUGUCAAGAAAACAGGGCGUGCGCGAGGCGAUAGCACUAGCACCGUUCUCGUCCACCGCGCAGCCAGCAACAGACGCAAGAACAACCAGCAAGCGACUUGGCGACCGGAUCUACUUGCUCAGCAGAACUCCUUGACCGAGACUAGCAGAGAGGAUAUGCAUACUGCGGCCACCCCUACUAAAGUCACGGCUCGUCCAGAUAGCAUCUGGGAUUCUCCCGCCGAGGCUGCGUCUGAAGGUCGCAAGGAGUCUGCUGCACAACCGCUUAUUCCGAUCCCAACAACGACGACUCCAGGCGAGAGUGCGCCGCCGUCGCCUUCGACGAAUCGCACAGCGCCACGGACGCUUGAGGCGGAGAAGCCUGCCGAAAAACGUAUUAGUGAUGCGACUACAGAGGCUUCGUCGAGCGCAAGUGUGCCACAAAUUUCGGCGUCGCAGCAACAGAAACAACAGGUGAAGCAGGGAAAGGAGAAGGGAAAGAAGAAGAGAAGUUGGCGGAAAUUGUUCUGUGGUGUUGGUGGCGAUUAUGAUGGUCUUUGA